ACCUAGCCUUCUGCAAGGUUGCUUUUCUGAAAAAGAUCGUUUAAAAUGAAGUGUGGUAAUACUAUCGUUUUAGUUUUGGUAGGAGUAGCAAUAUUUGGUUGUAGCACUCACCCAAUCGGUGUCGACUUUAAAAAGCAGCCUGAACGUUAUGUAAGUGAGGAAGUUGUGUUAAACUUAGUAUCUGAUAACAAAAAGUUAUCUCAAAAGGUUUCUGUUCUUGAAUCCGAUUACAGUUUGCUGAAGGAACAAUUGGAAAAUCAAAUUGAGAAUAACAAAAAUCUAGAACAACGUCUGGAUGGCAUGUUUGAUAGACUUUGAUAGACUUCUGAGUGAUUCUCAACAUAAAGUUGCGACAGGGACGACAGAAGACGCAUAUACAGAGCCAUUGUUCAAUAGAACAAGAAAUAACACUGAUUUUUUCAACAAAAGGGUAGAUAAUAAAAGAGUUAAGAGACAAGAGGGAGACAACAUUGCAUUUUCAGCUUACGUGGACCAUGAAGUAAGAUUUAUGGGUAAAGACCAAACUGUUCAGUUUGAGAAUGUUCCCCUUAACGAGGGGAAUGGAUUUAACAAUUACACUGGAGUAUUUACAGUCCCAAGAAGUGGAGUUUACAUGCUUAUAUUCUUUGUCGAAGAUUUCCACGAUUUUCAGUCAAUAUUUCAUUUAGUCGUGAAUAAAAAUAUUGUGUCAAGUGCAAUUGCUGAUCCGAUACCCGAAGGGCAAAACAUUCAAGGUGGCAAUGUUGUGUUGGUUCAUUUAAAUGCCGGUGAAUCUGUCUGGGUGUCUGCUGCUGUUGCGGGUGAUGAUAUUGAAGGAUAUAGCACGCUUAGAACGAGCACGUUUUCAGGCUACCUGGUGUAUGAAUAACAAAAACAAUAGUUCCUUGUGAAUUAUGUACGUUUUUGGUCUUUUAUUAUGUUUUCGAAUUCAACGUUGUUUCAAAGGAAAUCAAAUUUUGUUUUUAAAUGUUUUUAAAAUUUAACAUUUUAACAUUUUGAAAUUAGAAAACCAUAAACUGUUAUAUAUUGUAAUAUUUGCUAAUACGUGAACGUCUGAUUAAAUAAAAAUAUAGAAAAUCCGAAUCCUUAAAGAAAGUCCAACACGGCAAACAGUUAAAAUGUUGAGGGCCCUUACACCGGCUUAAGAAGAAAAAGAAUCUUUAUUCUUUCAUUAAUCUCAAAAUACACAAUUGACAAAGCCAUUAUAGCUCAUAGUCACAUUUUUGUAUAUACACUUAUGAAUUAAUAUUGGCAUUAGUCAACAAUAAAUCUGUCAAUAAAUUAAACAAAAUAUAUGUAAAAAUAGUAAGAUGCAAGAAACAGGAUACACUACUCUUACAUUAAAUGCUUUUGAUUCGUAAUUACUUCCCUUACAUUUCAAAAUAUUUAAUACUGAGACUCGUUUCUAAAAAUGUG